GAUCAAGAUGUCGAGCUCGGAGCUAUCCCAUUUUUUAUUGUGGUUUCAACGCAAUGGGGGCUCAUACGACCCUUCUGUAAUGGGUUUCAAGGAUUUCGAACGGAGUGAAGGAGGACGCGGUGCUGUCGCACUACAGAAUAUACCAGUCAGAAGAGCACGUCUUAUUCACAAUACCGCGCUCUCUAACACUCUCUACACGUACAUCUUCUCUUCCUAAUCUUUUUGGGAAGGAAAACUGGAAGAAACAUCAACUCGAUGAGGGAUGGGCCGGGUUGAUCUUAUGCAUGAUGUGGGAAACCGCGCAGGGAAGUUCAUCUCGUUGGGCAGAAUACCUAGACACCCUUCCUACAAGAUUCGAUACUCCGAUGUUCUGGAAUGCGGAAGAAUUAGAUGAACUUAAAGGAACGUCAAUAAUAGAAAGGCUAGGUAAGGAGGAUGCAGAGCGCAACUAUAUCGAAAAAGUUUUACCUGCGCUCAAAUCACGGCCAGAUAUGUUCGCUCCAGAGUCGCUAUCAGUUCAUUAUACCCUAGAACAGUAUCAUAUCAUGGGGAGCCGAAUACUUUCACGAAGCUUUGACGUCGAGCGAUGGGACUCGGAGGAUGAUGCCGUCAAUGAAACAGCAAACACUAGUGCUGGCAGUGCCAUGGACGUUGAUGGACCCGCAGAACGUGAAGCGACGCCAGAGGAAGAGGAAGAAGACACAGUAGAUGUUUCGAUGGUCCCAAUGGCUGAUCUCUUGAAUGCCAGAUAUGGCUCGGAAAAUGCUAAAUUGUUUCACGAAGAAACAGAGCUUCGAAUGGUGUCGACAAAAUCAAUCAAGGCCGGUGAACAGAUAUGGAACACAUACGGCGAUCUGCCUAAUGCCGAACUCAUCCGUCGUUACGGACACAUCGAUCUUUUGCCCCUCCCACAGGGCGAUCUCGGUAAUCCUGGAGAUGUCGCUGAAAUCCGAGCGGAUUUGAUUGUGGCAGCUGCUGUCCCGGCUGAAGAUGCCGAAGCAAGGAUAGAUUGGUAUCUGGAAGAGGGAGGUGACGAUAUUCUCACUGUCGAAUCCACUGGUGACAUUUCCGAGCCAAUGUUAUUGUUGGUUCGACUUCUAGUCCUUCCUGGAGACGAAUGGAAGAAAGCGAAGCAAAAACGCAAGCUGCCCAAAGCUAGAGCCGACACUCAGUGCCUCGAAAUAGUUCGUCGGGUCCUCGAGAAUCGGCUGUCGCAAUACCCCACCAGCGUGAAAGACGACGAAAGCUUGCUUACAGAAGAACUGUCGACAAAUAAGCGGCACGCCGUUUUGGUUAGAUUGGGAGAGAAAAAGGUACUCUGCACUGCGCUGGAAAAGGUACAGCAACAGCUCCAAGUCCUCGCUGCCGAACAACCGUCGAAUACCAAUAGUGGUAACAAGAGAAGAAGAUUUGAAGCCGAGCCGGAGACCACCGCCUCAAAAAAGUCGAAAAAGCCACGAAAAUAGACACGAAAAUAGGCAGGCAGUCCUUUACUGAAGCACUCCACACCGUUUCUGGGCCUCUGGGCCCUCUAGAGUCGUCUGCGGAGCUUAGGAACAUUCGCUGUUACCGAACGUCAAGUUUUGACCUUUACUGUGUAGUUUGCCGCCUGGUCCAGAACUUGUGUUGCGCGCAUCGGAUGGCCAUAUCUACUUAGAUUGCUUUGGGUUAUCUGCUAAUAUUUUGCUAACAACAACAAUCCCAGUUCUAUCAUUUCAUUUACUCC